AUGAAUCACAAUAACGCAUUAAACUUUAUCCCGGGGAACAUAUUUCCCAUCAACAAGCAGGAAUGUGAUGAAAUUCCGCUUAAUUUAAAUUCUGAUGAUGAAGAAGAACACCAUGGGCAUUAUUUUGAUUUUGUAAAUGGUCACAAUAUCUCCUCCAUCGCCACUACUUUCAAAUCACCAUUAAUAUCGAUGAUGGAAAUAUUCCCAGAAUUUAAGGAUGGUCAAGAACCACAACCGCAUCUACCUGUAAUGUGUCUUCGAGUGUCAAAAAUGGAUUGUUUGGAGAUUAUAAAUGAAGUUUCAUCAUCUUCUGAAAAUGCUUCCCUGCCUUCGAAAUCAACACCAAUGAAGAGUACAUCAACGGAUAGUUUUGAUAGAUAUUUACGAAAGAAAAACAAGGGAGUCACAGUGGCUACGUGUGUAACGCCUCCAAUAAGUCCCCUGGCUUCUAGUUAUUAUGGAAGUUCAUCAUCACGUGAACAAACGACAACAUCAAGAAAUAUUGAUCUGAAUGAAUGUUUUGAAAGUCCGACGAAAUCAAUCAUUGCAUUAGAUCCAACUGGGUCGGCUAUUAUGAUUUCGCCAGAUCAGAAAAAUCACAUAUUUGGAAACUAUAAUGAGAAGUCUGAGAUGGGUCCAAAUAGGAAUUAUGAAGUUGAUGAAUUGGAAUUUAGGAUUGAAGAUGAAUUUCUGAAAUUAAAUAUAGUCCCAGUUUCUAAUAACUUAGAAAAGGUGAAUUCGGAAAGCCUUUCAGAAAGUUCAGAUACGUAUCGCAUACAUGGUUCAGAAAUAACUAUUCAUCAAGUAGAUAAUGAAAGAAUCAUAACUAACGGUAUUCAAACACAAGAAAAAUUACAAUUACCUAGUCCUCGUUUAUUCUCACUUCCCAAAUCCCCACCGUCACCAACCCAACUCCCAGAACCGAAUCUAGAUGAACCAGAAGCAGAAGAGCCAACACAACUAUCCCAAAUAGAUGAACCUAAACUAGCAGGGCCAUUCCUGGUAGAUGAAGAAGAGAAUCUAGACUCACCUGUAAUUGGAGAAAAAAGAUUGCACGAACAAACAGUACUGGCUGCAAAUAAUUUUAUUAUACCUUCCAACAAUACCAAUGCGGCGACCACUUCAAGCAGCAUAACAAAUUCAGAACAAGAAGAGGAAGGUGGAGAAGAAGAAGGGGAUGUAAGGGAAUUACAAUAUUUAGAUAAAGUAGGAGAAAUGUCUCGAGGAAAGAGACAAGAUAAUAUUCAUUCUCCCGUUUUAUUAUCAUCUUCAUCAGCCUUUCAACAACAAGAACAACAUAGUCAACAACAACAGGUACAAGUACAAGCACAAGAAUUGGAAAUGACAAGAUUCUUUAAUGAUAUUCUUGGACGAGCAACAGCGGGUGAUUCGACAAGAAAUGAAUCAAAACAUAAACCUACCAAUAGCACCGAUUCUAAAAGUUCGUAUAAGAAUGUAUUUCUGAUUGGCGGUGGUGGAGCGAAUAAUAAUAGUAAUUCGAACUAUACCGACCCCCUGGUCCAACCGUCCCCAUCACAUUCAAACUCCAAUUCACCAUUACCUCAAAAAUCCAGACAUCCCAACCGCCCAUCCACCCCAAACAAUAAUAACUCCUCUCGGGAAAGUCUCCUAGCAUCAAUCAGCAGUCCCGAAAUCCGACCCCAAUCUACUCCCACCCACAAAAAAUCAACAUAUCUCCCAUCCCGACGCGCCCCGGUCACACCAGCCACUCGAGAAACAACGUCCUCCUAUCCCGCCUCCCCGGCCACCAAUUCUUCCAUCGACACCCAUGAUGAUGAUGGCUACCCCAACAAAAAACAAAAAAAAUGGAGGACUUCGACAAUGGGAAGUGUGGCAUAUCGAAGAAGUUCUCAAUUAUUCCAGAGUCCCACCUCGUCGAAUGCGACAACGAGAAGACGACCACGGGUUGGGAAGUUGUAUGAAAUGGUGAAGAAAAUCAGCACGAAUACUGGAGGGAGUCCAACUGGUGGAAGUAGUAGUGGUAAUGGGGGUAGCGAUAAGAAGUUGAAUUUUUAUCAGAAGUUGUUUGGAACUUUUCCGGGCAGUGCUGGUGCUGGAGGAAGAGGAGGGAGUGGAUAUGGGAUAUUUUUGGAUUCGAACAGGGGGGAUGAUUUUGUAGGUGUGGAUCGGGAAUUAUAUCGUCCUUUACCAUUGACUGAUGGGAUGGAUAUUGAUGAAGGUGGAGAGGAGGGUGGGAAGAGUGAGGAUGAUGUUGAGUUUGAGAAGAAGAUGAAGUGGUUUUUGAAUGAGGAGGAUAGAAAACAGAGUUUGAAUAAGUUUAUGGAUGCUGAGGAUGAUGAUGGGGUUGUUGCUAGUUUUAAAGAAUAUUUAAAUUAUUCUCUUUUAUAA